CAUAUGUGAGGGGUCAUGAGCAGAGUACAGAGGACAUUCCUACAGAUAACCGCCCAGAUGACUGUACCAGAAGCUCAGAUGGACAUUGGAUUACUUUAGCUUUGCAGGCAACUGCUCAUGAUAUUACACAAGCAACAUAUGAAGCUAUACCCUCAGCCCUACUCAGCCAAGAUCUUUUAUUUGAUCCACUUCAGCAGGUCCAAUCUUCUGAUUCAUCACAGACUGUAACUCAAAAUAAAAGCGGGAGAAGUUCUGUUGAACAAAGAGCUGACAUAAAGAUUAAGUUGUUUUCGUGUUCAGAAUGCGGAAAAUCGUUUAACCAUGAAUUAGAACUUCUUCAACAUGAGAGAAGCCACACAGACGAGAAGCCGUUUUCAUGUUCGCAAUGUGGGAAAUGUUUUGCUUUCAAAAAAACUCUUGUUGCACAUGAAAAGAUGCACAUUGAAGACAAGUCACAUCAGAGCAGUGACACGGGGAAGAAGCCAAACUCAUGUUCUCAAUGUGGAAAAACUUUUAUCAUAAAAGCAAAUCUUGUUGCACAUGAAAAGAUGCACAUUGAAGACAAGUCACAUCAGAGUAGUGACACAGGGAAGGAGCCAAUCUCAUGUUCUGAAUGUGGGAAAUUUUUUAUCAGAAAAGCAAAUCUUAUUACACAUCAGAGAAUUCACACAGGAGAGAAGCCAUUUUCAUGUUCCCAAUGUGGGAAACGUUUUGCUUUCAAAAAAACUCUAGUUGCACAUGAAAAGAUGCACAUUGAAGAGAAGGCACAUCAGAGGAGUCACCCAGGGAAGAAGCCAAUUUCAUGUUCCGAAUGUGGGAAAAUUUUUAUCAGAAAAUCAAGUCAUAUUACACAUCAGAGAUUUCACACAGUCGAGAAGCCGUUUUUAUGUUCGCAAUGUGGGAAAUGUUUUGCUUUCAAAAAUCUUGUUGCUCAUGAAAAGAUGCACAUUGAAGACAAGUCACAUCAGAGGAGUCACCCAGGGAAGAAGCCAAACUCAUGUUCCGAAUGUGGGAAAUUUUUUAUCAGAAAAUCAAAUCUUAUUACACAUCAGAGAAUUCACACAGGAGAGAAGCCAUUUUCAUGUUCUGAAUGUGGGAAAUUAUUUCUCAAUAAAUCAAAUCUUAUUACACAUCAGAGAAUUCACACAGGGCAGAGGCCACAUGUAUGUUCAGAAUGUGGGAAAUGCUUUACUCAGAAAUCGGAUCUUGUUAGACAUUGUAGAAUUCACACAGGGGAGAAGCCAUAUUUUUGUUCAGUAUGCGGAAAAUAUUUUUCUCGCAAAUCAUAUCUUUUUAAUCAUCGGAAAACUGUUCACAAUGGAAAAGGACAUUUAUGAAUGUGGGAAACAUUUUACCAAAAAAUUUCAUCUUUUUAAUCUUCAAAGAACCCAAGCAGGGAUGUGGUAAUUUUCUUUUUUUAACUAACAUGUCAUGCAACAGAAAGGAAAGGCAAUUAAGAGCAGUAAAUGAUAAUUAUGAAAUGUAUGCAAUGAAGAGGUCCUUGAUAUGGAGGCAGACCACAUCACUGCUGUGGGACCUGUGGUAAAGUAAGCCCAUGUUCUGUCAGUUCCCAGCUUAAAUCCCAGAUAAUAUCCUGUAGCCACCACUAGAGGGAAUGUGGUAAAAAAAGAUUUUUUCAGUUUGCAUUGGGCUCAAUGGAAGUCUUAUUUAUUCCUAUAUUGUUUGGGAGAGGCGAAGGAAUUAGAGCUGUAUAGAGGAGAUUUGGCAAUGUAAGUUGUCUGGUGUAAAUAGUUUCAGAGAUCACGGUGUUCAGAAUAAGCGCCAUAUUCAUAAAGCACCUGCUCUACUUUUUACAACAUAGGAGUUGGGGAAAGUACGAUUUUGUAAAAAUUAAGAUUUGUUUACCAAUAAAAAAAAAUGUAAAUGUAAGAAAGCUCACAGAAAGUCAGUUUUCCCAUGGGGUCCAAAAAUGUUGUUGUAUGCCCCUGACAGUUACCAAGAAAUUGUGCUAAAAGGGCUAAAAAUACCUGGCAAACCAUAGAGUAGUGAAGCCUGUAUAGGACUGAAGAAGACCAAACUUGGCCAAAGCUUGGUCAUCUCUUUUGACUGCACAAAAAGCAGACACUGCUGUAGUGAAAGCAUAGUCAAAUUUCAAGUCCAUGUGGAAAUGGAUGUAGCACAGAUGGGUCAUCAAUAUUAGAUCGGCAGGAGUCAUACUUCCGGCACCCCCGCCGAUCAGCUGCUUAAAGAGAAAGCCACGGCGAGCAGUGUAAUUACAACUAUGGUGUCCCCAUUCACAUAAAUGGGACGGCUCCGUCCUAUUCACUUGAACAGACAGAAGUUGUCCUAUAGAGGUGAAUAGAGAUGCCAUAGUUGUAAUUACACUGCUCGCCACUUCAAUUGUGACAGAGAGCAGGUAAACGGAGAAGGCAGUGCUUGUACAAGCGCUGCUUUCUCUUCGAACAGCUGAUAGGCAGGGGUGCUAGGAGUCAGACCCCUGCCGAUCUGAUAUUGUUAACCUAUUCUAUUGAUGAUCGAUAGGUCAUCAUUAUAAAAAAGCGGACAACCUCUUUAAUUUAGUUAAAAUGGUUAAAAGUUUGUGCUACACCCACCUCUAUCAGGAAUUUCUGUGAUUACUUGUCCUGACAGCGAUACUUUACCAACUGUAUCUUUAUUACGAAUAAAUAACACACCUGUAUAUCCACCAUGUGUAUAGAAUAUUUUACAUUAGUAUAUUUAAUGUGUUCCUCCAGUAUCCAUAAAUGAAUAGUACACGGGAAUAUAAGAAAACUUUGUAAUAUAUCUUGUUAAAGAAAAAAGCUUCUAUCUGCUUUUAGAUGGCUGCUUUGCUCAUUCCUACUUUUGACAUUGACAUCUGUGGAGAGGAGGAGGCUGCUGUAGUUUUUUAGCUCUGCUACACUUAGCACUUUUGAAUCUACUACAUCUAGUAGGAUAGGACUCUACCACUGUUUAGAGUGAGGUAAUGUAACGGACCGUUUUCAGCAGACAAGGGGUUAAAAUCCGUUUAGGCGGUAUGCCCCUU